GCAGGUGGUAUUUGGUAGCCGGCGGGGGCUGGAAGGCGCUGGGCGGGACGGGGCAUGUGUGCAGCAGGCGGCCGAGAAAGGAAAGGAAGGUGACCGCAACACUCUAGCUCGCUUCCCGGACACAAGCUCCUGUGACCAGCCCAAGACCAGCCCGGCCAUCUGCACAUAUGGCUCCUCAACUGAUCCACCCCGCCCUCCCCUUCUCUUUUUCUACGCCCCCUCUGUCCUCCCAGCCCCGCCUCCGCCAUGUCCCUCUCCUCCCCCGAAUCCCUAGCCUCGCCCGCCACCCCGCCCGCCCUGGCGGCGGCCCACGAAGUCUCAGUUAUUGCCAGCGAGAGUGCCAUCGAGGACAGCCCCGUAUGUGUCGGCCAGCGCGUCCGCUUCGAGGCGGACUGCAUCCUCAUCCCAGACCCGAGCCCCGUCUCGCGCAUGCCCCGCCUGGUGACCAAGUCGUACGCCGUCCCCCUCUGGCGCAAACGCAACCAGAGCCAGGAGCCGUCCGCCAUCUCAGACUCGGAGACGGACGUGCGCGACGACGAACACGUCGUUUUCAAAGUCUCCGUUCCAAGUAUCGCGAUCAGGACGCGCUCUCCGUCGCGUUCUGAGUUCGUGCAUCGACCCCUGGUUCCCUGCCUCGUACACCAUCACCAUCAUCCGUCUUACCCGUCGGACUCGCCAUCUACGUCUGUCUACACGCCGCGCAGACCUUUCCGCGCCGCAUCUGUACCAUCCUCACCUCGCCCGAUCCCGAGCGCCCAGAUCGUCACCAUCCCGCUCCGCCCUUGCUGCCCGGACUGCGUUCACUCUAUGGAUGCAUGCCUCCGCCAGGGCGCGCACUGGCAGGAGAAGUUCACGCGCGGUGCACUCCACCUCCAGAGGCGUGCAUCCAGCUCGGACGCGAGGAGCGACUUCAGUGCACAUCGCAGGCUCUACGACACUCUGCCUGGGUUCGACUCUGUCGUUGGUAGCUUGGCCGUGGACGAGGUGGACAAGAUCGGUAAGGAGAGGGGUGCGCGCCGCCUGCCAGCGGUACCUUUGGCGGAGAUGAACGUCGAAGAAGGUGUUGACGGUGGGCUGCUGCCUAGUCUGUCAAGAAACGCGUCUACAUCAAGGUUGCCUGACACUAUUGGACGGCGCCCCGCCAAGGCGCCGUUCCACGCGAAGGCGACCUCAGACUCGGAACGGCCGUUCUUCGAGUUGCCAGACUUCUCUCCGGUCGAUGAAAAGUUCGCAUCUUCCUUGGUCGCGCCAGGUCUCCGCGGUAGAUCUGUGGAGGCGCUGGGAUCCCCUGCGCUCACCUCUGUUCACGAACGACAAGAGCCGUCGAUAUACGCACGGUUUCGGACGGACGGACCUAUCGCAAGGGGAUUGUCUUCGAGUCCCGAGCCGCUGCCACAAAGCAUACCGGAACCUAUUCAGACGUCCCUCUCGCCUCAGCCGCCUUACGACGAAGUGUAUCGUGGACCCUCGAGGAGCCAGCGUCGCCCGUCGCAAACUCAGCGACGGCCUCACCUCCAUCUCCCUGCCCCGUCCUCGUUCUUGAAGGUCGGCGCUGAGAUGCUGAGAGGCGUGACGAUGAGUGCGGGGACGCCGUUGUCUGUGUAAGCAUGAGGCUGUACCACGUCUGCCGUACGUUGGCCCUUCGGUGUUCCUCCGCGAUGCCCGCCCUCCCCCAUUCCUUCCUCGCAUCUAUCUAUCAUCGUCAAAUUCUCGCAUCUUCUGUACCAUCAUCAUCAACAAGCAGGAACGGGUUUGAAUAAGCUCAACGCAUGGCUGCAUUCUUCGUUUGACUGGCGUGUGUUCCC